GAAUACUGUCAAAGUUUCAUUAACAACACUGUUAGUAUGAACAUAUUUGAAUAUUCGCAAAGUCGAACACUGAAUAAUGAUAAAAACAAGAUAAAAGAAACACAAAUGCAUGUGAGAAACGGUAACAGCUACUACAUCAAAUGAUAAAAAAGUGUGUAUCGAUUGAAAUUCAAGUGCCGUACAAAUGUGUGUGUAUCAAAAAUUGCGACGACAUUGUGCGCGUAAUGUUCCAAUUAGAAGAAAGUAAACAGUUUUUGUAUGAUCUUCACAUAGUUCGGCUAUUUCGAAUUGUUUUCACGCCGAAGACACAAUCAAUUUCACAUUGAACAAGCGAAUGAAUCAGUUUUUUUUGACAGAGUGGUGUUGACAAGUUUAAGAGCAAAAAUCAGUGUUCACAUAUAAAAUCGAAAAAAUGGCGUAUGUUGUGUGGCGUGUUCUAAUGAAAAAAUAUUCAAAAGUUCGAUUGGGAUUGCAAAAAGGUUCGCCUUGUCCACAUUCAACGUCAAAUAAUGUUUCACCAAUGUGGGUCAGUUCAUCGAAUUUCUAUGCAACCGAUGUAAUCGACAAUAGUAAUAAAGCAAUUGAAUCACAGUCUUCAGACGCCACUGGAAAUGAAUCAACGUAUAAAAAUCUAUCAAAAGUGCGAACCUAUUUGAAACGAUGUGAAAAUGCAAUUAAUAGCAUUAAUUUAGGUGGAAAACGUUCGACGCCAUCAUCUGCCGAAACCGAUAUAAACAACGAAGGAACAAAACAGCCAACCAGUUCGUGGUAUAUAGACGAAUUUGGAACGGAAACUAAAGAGGACUUGAAUUUUAGCGACUUGAAUUUUUUAGAAAAUGAUUUGAGCUCCACAAAGGCCAUGGAGAAAUCAAUGCCGGAAGAUGAAAUAACUAAUUCAAUCAACGAAUAUGAAAACAACCACAUCAAAAAAAAUGAACACAUAAUGCCAGAAUUUCAUAUGGCAAAUGAAAAAGAUAUAAAUGAACUUGUGGAUAUGCAUCUGGCGGCACUUUAUCCAAAAUAUUUAGAGACUCGUGCAAUUUUACUACGACAAGCUCGUGAUUUAUUGCAAACAACAUUUCAUGGUGAUUUGGUUUCAUUUGAAAGAGAAUUUUUAUCACCGUCAGCAGAAAUAAUCAAAACUAUAAAAAAUGCAUCUCAUGAUUUGUCGAAUACAGUAUGUGUAGACGGUUGGCCACUUGCCAUUGCCGGAAAAGUGAUUCUGCAUCUGGGCACAUUAAGUGAAUCGUUUGUAACAUCGACCGAUAUCUAUUUGUGUUUAAAACCAACCGAGGUUUAUUUUAACGAGAAGAGCCACGUGGAUUUGUGUGCCGUUUGGCGAUCGUUCAAAACACAAAAAAUUGUAUAUCAAACGUUGAAUCCAAAUAAUUCAUUGACUUCAAUUUCAUUGGAAAUGUUGACCUCAGACGAUUUGCCACAAUUGCUACAAUCACUUUUAGUCAGUGUCGAGCAAACGAUUAGUCGGAUUCCAUUCGAUGAGUUGGCUUUUCCAAAAUAUACCGACGAUGAUGAAAUCGAUAAUCAUAAAUGGAAGGACACGGCUGGUCGAUCGAAUUUAGGUAAUUCCAGUGAUGGUUCGCCCAAAUGUGGAAUCAAACGUCGUGAAAUCAUAACAAAAAGUAAACCUCUACAAAGCCGUUAUACAUUAAGACGAAUAUCCAUCAAAUCGAGUACGGACAAUCGUGAAAAUAGAGAUAUUGAUGUAUCAACGUCAUCAGCAGCUACAAGAAAUAUCAAUACACCAAACAAUAUGAUGCCACUAUUUUGCCUGGGCGGAUCAUUUCCACAUAUCGAUAGCGAUGAAGAUAGUGCCGACGAUGGUACAAAAUCACCGAACAAUCAAGCUUGCCAUCAACAUGACAUAGUGGCCCCGGGGCCGAGGUCAAUAACAGACUUGCCUGAGAAAUUGUUAACGUCCGGAGUAUAUUUAUCAGACACUCAUGACCUUAAUGGAUUCCCCAUUAUAACCAUUGAGACAAAAAUUCUAAUGGAAUCAGGAUUGAAUUGUUAUGAAGUCGCCACAUUAAUUCUUUACUAUAAUACGAUACCAACGAAUCCAUCGAAGUUUACUCUUCAUGCGAUUGUGUCAGAUAGCAAUCAAUUGCCCAUAUUUAAUUUACUAGACAAUGCAUUCAAUUUACUCACCGGCCAUAUUCAUAUUGAUUCCGUUUUGGUAUCAACAUUGUUCACAAAUGAUAAGUUACAAUUCCACUUGCCAUUAAGCAAGAUCAAGAUACUUCAUGUUAUUGAAUUAUUUGAUCAUAUUGCACCUGUUUUUGCGCCAAAGAUCUGUAACGGUGCAUACAUACACAAUCAAUCAUUGUGGCGUGAAUUUUUCGUAACAUUGGAAUUGCUUCGGAAUCAGUGUGUGUCAGUGGGUCAAGAUUUGGUUGCUGUUAUGAACGAAAUCAGGUUGACGGAUAGUUUGGGUAUGCCAUCAAGACGACAAUUGUAUUCGCAGCAUCGUGCACUCAGUCGAGCUCUUAUGGAUUCGGAUCUACAAUGUUUGCGGCGAAAAGGUCAAAUCACGUUGACACGAUUACAAAGUUUGGCCAAAAGUAUUUCGAGUAAUGAUAAAUCUAAUACAAAUCAUAAUAUGACCAUCGAUUCGUCUGCAUUCACUGCCGAAUAUUCAAAUCGGCACGUUUAUCAUCGACUCAAGGAGGUUAUGUCAAUUUUCGGUGAAGUCGACAGGGCAUCAAGAAGACUGGAGCAAUUGACAGAACAGCGACGUGAAAGGUUACGCGAAAUAACACGACAAAAGGCGCUAGAAGAAGAAAUGAAAGAGAUUACUAAAUGGAUACAGAAUGAUGGUGAAAGUAUGCUGAAAAAGUAUGCAGACAUUGCAUUAGACUCGGAAACAUCAAUUAAGGAUUGUGAACAUGAAUUCGAAAAGUUUUAUUUCAUAUCAAUGAAACAUUUAGCUAAAGGACGUGACCUCGAAGAAGCCACCUUGAAUAUGGAGAGUGCAAAAGAGUUACGUACAUGUUUGAAACAGAAUUUGAGCCAAUAUAGCGAUCGUCUCGAAGUGAUUCGUGAAAGAAUCGAAGGUGCUGUACGACUACAUCAUUUGCUCAGUUUGGAAUUCAAAGAGAAAGACGUACAAUUGGAAAUGCAAAAAUUGGCCGAAAAAAUUGGCGCAUUGAACUUAAUUGAACGCUGUCGUAAUAUGACAAAAUGCAUGACCAACGCAAAAACUGACAAAAUCAACAGUACACCGUCCAAAGAAAGCAAUUGCACGUACUGGCCAAGCGAAGCACGUUUUCACAGCAAUCAUGAUAUGAAAACGGCAGAAAUGAUUGGCGAUGAAGAUGAAGAUCAUUCGAAAAUUGCCGAUAGUGGUUUGGGUGGUUGUGAUCGUUGUGAAAUGAAUGAUAAAUUAAUUCGCACAUGCUCAUGUCAAAGUUUCGAUGAACCGACCAGCAAAAGUCACAAUAGCGACGAAAUGGAAGAAGAUUUUGAUAAUAAUAUUAAAGGUGGCAUUGAUUAUCAAAUGUCUCCGCUUACGCCAAACGCUCAUCUCUACAGCUACUCAUCGAACAUCACACUGCCUGAUUUGGAAAAUACCAACGGACUUGCGCCAAAAACACAAAAGUAACAUUCACCAUCUGACCGCUUAUAUACAGGGUGUCUCAUUUAUCAGGCUCACUAUGAAGGAGUGGAAUUUUUUGACCUG